AUGGGCCAAUACCCUAGCCGUCACUCUGCCAAUAAGAGGCAGUCAGAACAUAAGUCGCCGAUCAGCGGCGGCGUCCUCUCUGUCGCCGAGCUUGUGGCUGACGAGAAGUUCAGCUCGAGCGGCAGCUCGAACCCUGUGCGGCCGGGCGGCAGCUCGAACCCUGCGCUCCUCCAUACGGCGCAGAAAACGAGCUGCAGUUGGACGCCCGACGAGCUGCUGCAGCCAGCAGCGUCGCAGGAGCAUGUCGGCCCGGCCCCGUUUUUCAACCCGCUCAGGUUUGGCUCGACACAGGGCGUCGACCGCUCCACCGCCGCGAUCGUGGACGCCAUGCACCAGAUCGACUUCUUCACGACGCAGGUUGGGCAGAGCGCGAUACCCGUGCUCGCGGCCCGCUUCGCUCUGUGCGAGUUUGGCACCCCGGGCGGUGGGCUCGAUUGCAGCGACGAACCGAUCCUGCGCCGCGGCGAUGACGCUGGAUUCGUGGGCGUCAUCGUCAGCGGCGCUCUCACCAUCAAGCACGGCUCGACCCCGCUCUACUCGUUGGCAAAGGACGACACCCUGGGCGAGGCGAUCGUCGCCGUCACCCGCAACGGGCGCAUCGAGGACGACGUGUAUGUCCGCUCCCCCGGCACAAUGCUGGUCACCACCCUCCAGCAGCUGGAGGUGCUCAACCUCCUCGCGCCGGGCGAGUACCAGCGGCUCAUGGAUGCCUUCGUCGCGCGCUGCAUCGCGCGGUCGAUCACGGAGGCAAACUACCAGCCCGUCUCCUCGACGAGGGUGGAGGGGCCCUUCGUUGCGCUCGUCGCGCACGACGCAAAGAAGACGGCGCUGCAGGACUUCUGCCUCGCGAACCGAGAGACGCUGGCCCGCUGCAAGCUUACGGGCACGUCGACCACCUGCGCCAUGCUGCUCGAGAAGUGCAGCCUCCGGUCAUCGUACAAACUGCCAAGUGGGCCGCUCGGCGGCGACCAGUGCCUCGGCGCGCUCAUCGCGCACGAUCUCGUCGACGCCGUCUUCUUUUUCAAGGACUCGCUCUCGAUCCAGUGCCACUACUCCGACAUCGAGGCGCUCUGCCAGCUCUGCGACGUCCGCAACGUUCCCCACGCCACGAACGCGGUCACCGCGGCUGCCGUGAUCAAGUACACGGCCGACCUGAUGGACCUCCGCCAGGGAAUCAUCCGCGUCAACGAGACGCUGCCCACCCAGCUAGUGAGCGAGCUCAAGGACCCGCAAAUGCCAUCCAACGAGCUCGUGCGCCGGCUGGCUCGUAAGCCCACAAAGUCCAUCAUGAUGCAGGGCUCGACGGGUGCGGUCCGUCAGAGCCCCUCGGCGCGCGGCCACGAGCAGGUUGCUCUCGAUGUGUCUGGCUCCGCACCUCCGCCGCCAUCGACGCCACCGCCGCCGUCUCUCCCCCCCAUCAGUGGCGGGAGCAGCGGCGGCGCCAGUGCCUGGGGCAGCAGCGGCGCCUCUCGCGCGCCGACUGAGCUCGGCCUCUCGUGCUCAGCCUCACCCCGGAGCAGCGGCGCCCGCGUCGUGGACUGCCGCGUGGAGGACCUCGUGGCCGAGCUGCGCGUGCACGAGAGCAUCUCCAAGACCUUCUCGCCCGCCGAGCUCGAGCUGUUGGCGGAGACGCUGCAGCUGGUGGAGCUGCCGCGCGGCGCGCAACUCUUCCGAGAGGGCGAGGUGGCGGACAGCGCCUUUGUCGUGCUGCGGGGCCGCGUCGAGCUCGUGCGGGCGCGGCCGCGGCUCACGCGCACCGUGCGGGUCGAUGGUCGGUGGAUCGAGCAGGACGGAGGAGACGGAGAGGCCGAUGGCGACGAGGAGGGCCAUGCGGAGCCUCAGGUCUUGCUCACGAUCGGGGCUGGCGACAUGCACGGGCAGAGCCAGGUCAUGCUCGAGAAGCCGAUCAGCAGCUGGCAGCUGGGCGCAGAGGCGGCGAGACACUCGCGUGUCGCCUUGCUGAGCCGCAAGGAGCUGCUGCGCAUCCGGCGGCGGAACCCGGACUUUUACGCGCGGAUCAACCUGUGGCUGGGGCUGAUGAUCCUGCAGGGCCGCGACGUCGACAAGGUGAGCGAGCUCAACCGCAAGUACAUCAUCGUUACCUGCGACAACACGCCGCGGGCGAAAGCGGCGUUGUUCGACCUGAUCAUCCUUAACAAGGACUACCUCCUCCGCCACCAGGAGGAGCUCAUCGGGCCGUCCGACAUUGCGCAGGACAUCUACGAGGCCACGGGCCUCACCUUUAUGCACACGGUGCAGGAGCCCUUCCUCGGGGGCGCCAUGGAGCUGGGCGACCUCGUCAGCCGGUCGAGAGUGCGAGCCGCUGUCAUAUUGCGCGACUACCAGGCGGAGCAGCGCGCGUUCGAGGCGCUGCUGCGCAUCACAGACCUGUACGCCGUGCCGAGCGCAACCAACCCCGCCACAGGUGACAUCGUGUUUCGGUACCUCGAGACGCUUCCCUUGGACCAGUAG